AUGGUGUCUUACGAUCCUCCGUUUGAAUACUCCCUUCGUGUGAACGACAGCUGCCCUGAGAGCACCAAACAAUGUCGGGCCACCUGGGAUGGGUUCGUUGCCUACUGUCCAUCAGACAGCACCUGCAAGGUAUCAGAUAACAACAAAAAUCCUAUCUGUUGCCCGACUGAGGUGGAUUGUCGGGAACCCGUUUUUAAGAUACCUCAUUGCGCCAACGCAAGCUGGGCCAUGUACGAACAUUCUGGCCUCUUCUGCUGCAAGGAAGACCACCAGGGGUUUUGGACCUCAGAACAGAAGUACAGCGACAGUGUCGGCUGCGCCAAGCAACCUGAGGGAAUGUCACGAACGAUCCUGAACCCAAAACCGCAAACUAUCUCGUCCACGACUUUCACGUACCCCCACAGAGCAACUUCGACGUCGGCCUCCAGAUCCGCAUCUGCAUCCGCGCCCCAUACGUCCGAAACGUCUUCAUCUGAUACUGUAUCCAGCUCUGAUGGUGCUCCUCCUGGGGCAAUCGCGGGUCUUGUUGUUGGUUGUAUGGCUGGUGUGGUUCUAAUCGCAGCGUUGAUUUGGUACUUGCUUCAGCACCGACGGCAGAAGAGACAGCCUGGCCCAGGUUCAGAUUCACAACCGGUCCCCGGAUUUCCCAAAAGGCCGGCCUCUUCGCUCCAAGGUGAGAUGAGUGAGCUGCCGUCGAGUCCGCCCAUCCAGGCAGUUUACGAGGUUCACGAACUGCCACAGACCACGGAAACCCGAUAG